UCUGCGGGCGGCGGCGGCGCGGGGAGCCGGUUGCAGGCCGAGAUGCUGCAGAUGGACCUGAUCGACGCGACGGGGGACACUCCCGGGGCCGAGGGCGACGAGGAGGACGACGACGAGGAGGACGACGACGAGGAGCGCGCGGCCGGGCGGCCGGGAGCGGGGCCGCCCAAGGCCGAGUCCGGCCAGGAGCCGGCGUCCCGCGGCCAGGGCCAGAGCCAAGGCCAGAGCCAGGGCCCGGGCAGCGGGGACACGUACCGGCCCAAGCGGCCCACCACGCUCAACCUCUUUCCGCAGGUGCAGUUGUCUCAGGACACACUGAAUAAUAAUUCUCUGGGCAAAAAGUACAGUUGGCAGGAUCGGGUGUCUCGAUCAUCCUCACCCCCGAAGACAGGGGAGCAGACACCACCGCAUGAACACAUUUGCCUGAGCGAUGAGCUGCCCCCCCAGAGCAGCCCCGCCCCCACCACAGAUCGAGGCACCUCCACCAACAGCACGCUGCUGGUAGAUGAGCACGCGCAGCUGGAGCUGGUGAGCCUGCGGCCGUGCUUCGGAGACUACAGUGACGAGAGUGACUCGGCCAUCGUCUACGACAACUGUGCCUCCGUCUCCUCGCCCUAUGAGUCAGCCAUCGGAGAGGAAUAUGAAGAGGCCUCCCGGCCCCAGCCUCCUGCCUGCCUCUCCAAGGACUCCACGCCUGACGAACCCGACGUCCAUUUCUCCAAGAAGUUCCUGAACAUCUUCAUGAGUGGCCGCUCCGGCUCCUCCAGUGCCGAGUCCUUCGGGCUGUUCUCCUGCAUCACCAACGGGGAGGAGCAGGAGCAGACCCACCGGACCAUAUUCAGGUUUGUGCCUCGACACGAAGACGAACUUGAGCUGGAAGUGGAUGACCCUCUGCUAGUGGAGCUCCAGGCUGAAGACUACUGGUACGAGGCCUACAACAUGCGCACUGGUGCCCGGGGCAUCUUUACUGCCUAUUACGCCAUCGAGGUCACCAAGGAGCCCGAGCACAUGGCAGCCCUGGCUAAAAACAGUGACUGGGUGGACCAGUUCCGGGGGAAGUUCCUGGGCUCAGUCCAGGUUCCCUAUCACAAGGGCAAUGUCGUCCUCUCUGCCGCUAUGCAAAAGAUUGCCACCACCCGCCGGCUAACCGUGCACUUUAACCCGCCCUCCAGCUGUGUCCUGGAGAUCAGCGUGCGGGGUGUGAAGAUAGGUGUCAAGGCCGACGACUCCCAGGAGGCCAAGGGGAAUAAAUGUAGCCACUUUUUCCAGUUAAAAAACAUCUCUUUCCGCGGAUAUCAUCCAAAGAAUAACAAGUACUUUGGGUUCAUCACCAAGCACCUCGCCGACCACCGGUUUGCCUGCCACGUCUUUGUGUCUGAAGACUCCACCAAAGCCCUGGCAGAGUCCGUGGGGAGAGCAUUCCAGCAGUUUCACAAGCAGUUUGUGGAGUACACCUGCCCCACAGAAGAUAUCUACCUGGAGUAGCCGCGCAGCCCCGCCCUCUGCGUCCCCCGGCCCUCAGGCCAGUGCCAGGACAGCUGGCUGCUGACAGGAUGUGGCACUGCUUGAGGAGGGGCACCUGCCACCGCCAGGGGAUGAGGAAGUGGGAGCCGCUGGCUCAGGGUAGGGGAGGGUGGGGCAAUGGGGUGAGGCAAAUGCAGUUUAUUGUAAUGUAUGGGAUUAGAUUCAUCUAUGGAGGGCAGAGUGGGCUGCCUGGGGAUUGGGAGGGACAGGGCUUGGGGAGCAGGUCUCUGGCAGAGAAGGAUGUCCGUUCCAGAAGCACACGGCCCUGCCCCAUCCUGGGCCAUACCUCCCCUGCCAGGGCUCGGGUGCUCUGGCUCCUGCCUUGAUGAAGCCCAUGUCCUGCCUUGAUGAAGCCUGUGCCACCUGCAAGUGCCCGCCCUGCCCCUGUCCCAACACCCACCGAAGAGCCCUGAGCUCAGGCUGAGCCCAGCCACCUCCCAAGGACUUUCCAGUGAAGAAAUGGCAACACGUGGAAGUGAAGUCCCUGUUCUCAGCUCUGUCAUCUGCGGGGCUUCUGGGUGGCUCCUGCCACCGACCUCACUGGCAUGCUAGCCUGUGGCAGGCCUAGGACCUCAGCGGGGAGGAGGAGCUGCCGCAAGGCCCUAUCCCAGCGGGAGAGGGAGGCUUCCUGACUGACACAGGCUAGCCCCAUCUUGGUCCUGUCACCCUGGCCCCAACUAUUAAAGUGCCAUUUCCUGUCAAAAAAAAAAAAGAAAGAAAAGGGAGGGAGGGAGGGAGGCAGGAAGGAAGGAAGAGAGGGAGGGAGGGAAGGGAGGAAGAAGGGAAAGAAGGAGGGAGGGAGGGAAAUAGAAAGAAAGAAGGAAAGAAAAAGAAAGAAAGAAAGAGAAAUAAAAUAAAAAUUAAAAAACCAUAAGGUUAAAGUAAACCCUUUUUCUUCAUACAGAUUAAAACACAUGACUUCAAAUUACAGCUUUGCUUCUUAAUAGCUUGGUGAUGUAGGACAAGUUAUGUAACCUCUCUGCGCCUCAGUUUCCUCAUUUAUAAAAUAGGGCAAUAAUAAUAUCUAGCCCAUAAGGCAUUGUGAAGAUUAAAUGUGAAAUGCGGAUCACAAAUACCUAGCAGCCCAAUAGAUACUCACUGUAAUAAUUGUUAUUUUUAUAAUUUCUGCAAAAGUAUGGUGAUGAUUCUUGGGUUAACCUAAAGGCAGAUUUUCUUUUAUUUCUUCCUGUUUCUUUUCUUUUCCUUGUUCACUUUAAAGAAUUAAAAAGAAAAUCGAUUCCAGCAUUUUGGAAUAAAAAUUUGCAUCAAAAAGAAUUUAUUCAUUUUAUUGACAUACAAAUAAAAUGUCAUUUGUUUAUUCAAUAAA